ACAUCCCCGCGCCAACCAGAAGAUGGCGAGAUGGAGCUGAGACCAGACGCGCGCUACCAGGGAACGCUGUGCGUGCGCGCCCCCUCCACCGGCUCUGGCCCUUCCUCUACUGUCGCCGCUCAGGAUACCGAUAAGGAUGGCGGCUCGGUGAGGAAACGGAACCGGCCCGACCCAGGGGUUGGCCAAUGCGUGGUGGUCUUCAGCCAAGCACCCAGCGGCCGUGCUCCCCUCAGUCCAAGUUUGAACUCUCGCCCGUCUCCGAUCAGCGCCGCACCGCCUGGCCUGGCUCCAGAGCCUCGUGACUAUCGCUCUCAUUCACCCGUUAGAGCGCCGGAUGAGGCCCCUUGUGUGAAUGGCCGCUGGGGAACCCUAAGGCCCCGGGCACAGAGGCAGGCUGCCAGUGGAUCGCGGGAAGGUAGCCUGUCUCCUGUCCUUAAUGGGGGGAGCGUCUCCCCAGCAGCGUCUCUGGACAUCCCCCUGCAGGUCAUCUCACCGCCUGCCGCUGAGGGUGGUGACCACAAAGCUUUGCAUCCGCUGUCUGCCAGAAGGGGGUCUCUACCAGAGCAGAAGGAGCUGUGUCUCGGAGGAGUAGAAUGCACAUGGAAGCGGGGGGACUUAGACGUGGAUACUGUGAGUAGGAACCCCCCGGAGCAGAUCAAUGGAGUACACUCUCCUUCUUCUCACAUCACUUCCACCUUAUCUGCCGCCGUGUCACCAGGAGCACUUCGCCGGGGCCUUGAAGCUGUCCGAGCCCUUGUAUCUUCCUCUUCCCCCUCCCCCCCUUCAUCUUCAUCACCUAGUGGGGGAGCCAACCCCGUCAGCCCCCCAACCCUCCCGUCCCCAGGUUCACCCAGCAGUGGAGCCGAAGCAGUAUCUGCCCGUCCGGUCUCAGGCCAGGGCGACGGCCACUCCCUCCCACCCAUCGCCCGCCGUCUGGGACAUCACCCGCCCCAGUCCCUUAACGUGGGAAAACCCUUAUAUCAAAGCAUGAACUGCAAACCUAUGCAGAUGUACGCACUGGACAUUCAAGGCACCCGGGAACGGGGUCGGGUAAAAUGGAAGAUCUUCAACAGCAGUUCUGUGGUGGGCCCUCCAGAAACCAGUUUACACACGGUGGUCCAGGGCCGAGGGGAGCUCAUCAUUUUCGGAGGUCUCAUGGACAAAAAACAGAACGUCAAAUAUUACCCCAAAACCAACGCCUUGUAUUUUGUCCGUGCCAAAAGAUAAUGUGGAAAUUUGGACUCUUUAAACAGGAAACAUCCCCGCCCCCACCCCCCUGAAUUCCCUUUUACCCGUUUUACACUACUUAACCCUUUGUGGUUUUGUCCCAACAUGAGCUAGCCCUGGAAUAAUAAAGCUUUGUGAAGGCUGAUGUAAUUGGAAA